AUGGCGCUGAAACUGGGGCAGGGGGGAAGAGCCCCUUCCCGCCCAGCUGCCGGCCCUGGCCUCCACCGAGGCCCGGGGUUGGUGGCGUCCUCUCCCGUCCUUUGGGCCUCUUCUGUGUCCUCCCCCCUCACGGCAGGGCCCAGUCCUGAGUCACUCCGGGGGAGCUGUCGAGGCGCGGGGCAGCCUUGGAUAAUUCGUGUCCAGUCCCCAGAUGGGGUGAAGCGGAUCACAGCCACAAAGAGAGAAACUGCUGCAACAUUUUUGAAAAAGGUCGCGAAGGAGUUUGGCUUCCAAAACAAUGGCUUCUCAGUUUACCUCAAUAGAAACAAGACUGGAGAGAUAACAGCAUCAUCUAGCAAAUCCCUCCACUUGCUGAAAAUCAAGCAUGGAGAUUUGUUGUUCCUGUUUCCCUCGAACCUUGCUGGACCUUCUUCUGAAAUGGAGACAUCAACCUCAGUAGGGGUAAAGGCCUUUGGCGCUCCCAAUGUGGUGGAAGAUGAGAUUGAUCAGUACCUCAGCAAGCAGGAUGGGAAGAUCUACAGAAGCCGGGACCCACAACUAUGCCGCCAUGGCCCCUUGGGAAAGUGUGUGCACUGCGUGCCUCUGGAGCCAUUCGACGAGGACUACCUAAACCACCUGGAGCCUCCUGUGAAGCACAUGUCCUUCCAUGCUUACAUCCGGAAGCUGACCGGAGGGGCCGAUAAGGGGAAGUUUGUUGCCUUGGAGAACAUCAGCUGCAAGAUUAAGUCAGGGUGUGAGGGACACCUCCCGUGGCCUAAUGGCAUCUGCACCAAGUGCCAACCCAGCGCCAUCACCCUGAAUAGACAGAAAUACAGACAUGUAGACAACAUUAUGUUUGAGAAUCACACUGUUGCUGACCGCUUCCUAGACUUCUGGAGGAAGACAGGAAACCAGCAUUUUGGGUACUUGUACGGACGGUACACGGAGCACAAAGACAUUCCCCUUGGCAUCAGGGCUGAGGUGGCUGCAAUUUACGAACCUCCUCAGAUUGGUACACAGAACAGCCUGGAGCUUCUGGAAGAUCCAAAAGCCGAGGUAGUUGAUGAGAUUGCUGCCAAACUUGGCCUAAGGAAGGUUGGCUGGAUAUUCACAGACCUCGUCUCAGAAGAUACUCGAAAGGGCACAGUCCGAUACAGUCGAAAUAAGGACACCUAUUUCCUGAGUUCUGAAGAGUGCAUCACUGCAGGAGACUUCCAAAACAAGCACCCCAACAUCUGUCGGCUCUCCCCCGAUGGCCAUUUCGGAUCCAAGUUUGUUACUGCAGUGGCCACAGGUGGUCCCGACAACCAGGUCCACUUUGAAGGGUACCAAGUAUCCAAUCAGUGUAUGGCACUGGUCCGUGAUGAAUGUCUGCUGCCAUGUAAGGACGCCCCUGAGCUUGGUUACGCCAAGGAAUCCAGCAGCGAGCAGUACGUGCCUGAUGUGUUUUAUAAGGAUAUAGACAAGUUUGGCAACGAGAUCACCCAGCUGGCCCGGCCCCUACCUGUGGAGUAUCUGAUCAUAGACAUCACAACAACCUUCCCCAAGGAUCCAGUUUACACUUUUUCUAUUUCACAAAAUCCAUUUCCUAUUGAAAACCGGGAUGUACUGGGUGAGACACAGGACUUCCACAGUUUGGCCACCUAUUUGUCUCAGAAUACUUCGUCUGUGUUCCUGGAUACCAUCUCAGAUUUCCACCUCUUGCUGUUUCUGGUCACCAAUGAAGUCAUGCCUCUGCAGGACAGCAUCAGCCUGCUACUGGAGGCAGUGAGGACCAGAAAUGAGGAGCUGGCACAGACGUGGAAGAAGUCUGAGCAGUGGGCCACCAUCGAGCAGCUGUGUAGCACUGUUGGUGUGCAGCUCCCAGGUCUCCAUGAAUACGGCGCUGUCGGAGGCUCCACACACGCUGCCACCACCUCCAUGUGGGCCUGUCAGCACUGCACCUUCAUGAACCAGCCGGGCACGGGGCACUGUGAGAUGUGCAGCCUUCCCAGGACCUAAGGCUCCGGCUCUCUGCUGUGUGGACUGGGACAGACCAGCCCUCUGAAGUCAGGAGUGUUACAUGUCCCCUGUAUGGCCAAAGCCAGCAGCCCUGCAGCGACAGGACCAGCUGCCCUGGUGUCUUGGACCCACCAAAGCUUCUCAGCUCUGAUCCUGGAGUGGUGGCUCUGGCAGGUGUGCUGGGCCUGAACACAGCCAACUGGAAAUGCCGAGCAGCCCUGCCUAGGAAUACCCCACACGCCUUGCACAGUGCACAGCCCCACCGUAGUGGAAGGACCAGGCACCGCCACAUUCUCACCUGGGGAGGGCUCCUGCCACCAGUUUUCCUUUCCUCUCAGUGCUUUCUGUUCUGUUCUUCACACCCCACCCCACCCCUGUCUGUUUGGUUGGGAGCUCUUGGCUGCCUCUUACUUCUAUUGCUCUGGAGUAGGGCCCCUGUGUCGAAGAGGGCCACAUCCCUCCCAUGUGAGUGGCUGUCAUCUGCUGGGAUUAUGUGUGGCCAGGCUACAGCCUCCUAGGGUAGACCUGCAAAUUAGCGGCUGCCUUCCCUUCUCUCACCCAGCAACCAGGUGGGAUUUUAAAGUCUGCAUUGGUUGUAAUAACAGUUACUAGUAAUUUGUGCCCCAGAAAACUUUUAUUUAUUGUUUUUAAUAUAAAACUGCACAAAAGGGAGGGAGAGAGAUUAGACUAGUGUCUUCUUCCCUCCUUCAGUGCAGCCCCUCUGGGUGUUCAGGGUGGUGAGUAGGCAGGGGCCACCGUCAGUUCGCCUCACAAACCUCAGUGCCUGAGACUUUUCUACCAAGCCACAUAGUUGUGGCAACUGGUAAUGUGGGUAGCUGAGCAACGGUAGUGGUGGCCCUCCCUCCCUGGCAGGUGGCUCCUCCAGACAGCUGGGAGGGUGAGCACUGGGGCUUUGGUCCUCUCUCCCCAACAUUGUCCCUCUCCCCACGGCCUCUGUGCUGUGGCCAUUGAAAUGGGCCUGGAGUAGAGCGCCUUGUGGACCUCUGGGGCCUGACCAGGUGAUAGAGUGUGAAGUCCAGCAACCCAGAACAGGUUCCAGUGGUCCCGAGUGUGCUGUGUGGCUGUGGUUUGGCCCUUUCCAGGCGAGCUGUGAGCAUCUUAAUGCCUCUUUGCCUUAAUGAGAGCCAAAUCAGCUGUGCUGGCCCUGGGAAAGGCCCACCCAGCGGCAGGUAGUUGGGAAACUGUCGCCCUGGAGUAAUGAGCCCACGAAGUCCUCCCAUCCUUGGUCCUAUGGACAGAAACCUGGCCUGCUUGCCGUGCCAUGGCGUGGCUGUUCCCGGCACUCUCAGUCUGCUUGCUGUGGGAUCUCAUGAAGGCUGCUAUUUCAUUCGCUCCUGGGGCUAUGGGGCUAUGGGCCUAUUGGGUUAGGUCAGCCCAGGGCCACUGGGGGUCAGAGGAGGUGGGAAGUAGCCAGGUGAGUUGUCUCUGCCAGUGUGCAGUGGAGAUGGUGCCAAGGCAGGCUGUCUGGCCUGCCUCCUGGAGCUGCCUUGACUGGGCCUUCGUCCUCCUCUGUCUUCCCCGCACUCUCAGAUCAGCUGUGAGACUGGAUGCUGUGCUGGUUGCUCACCUGCUUCCAAGGCCAUUCAUGCCAGCUGGGGCAGCCCCUGGACAGUGCAGGCUCCCAGAGACCUUGCUGCCACUGCUACCAUUGUCUCCUCUCCCACUCACUUGUCAUUAUCACCAAGUUCAUUUCCUUUUCUCUUCAACCAAUAUUUUUCUUGCUCUGAAGUUCUGGCAUCCACAUAGUUCAUGUUUUCUUUUGUCUUUUAGCUAAAGAAAAAGUGUUGUGAUUUCUCUGCUUAUGGUUUUGAGUUACUCUUUGUUCAGUAAUGCACUUUAUUUUAUUGUCCAAAGAGAGUCAAGCUAAUGCUACCAGCUGGUGAGCCCUACUGAGGGUUAGGCCUGGCUGCUCACCUCUUACACGGGAGUGGCUCUGGCCUUGCCUUGAAUCCCCUGUGGACAUCCUCGCUCAUGCCAGCAGGUACCAUAGCCCAGAGAGGGGUGCCUGAGUGCACACUCAGUGAAUACAGCAGCUGCCGAGGUCUGGCCCCACUCACCCAGCCCAACUCCGACAGUCUGCUUCUGGGACAUAGGUGCUCUGCUUCGGCUCUGCUUUGGGCUCACAGGUAUAUGUUGGCUGGGUCUGAACUAGCAUUACUUUGACCCCAGCCUUGCAGUGGAACCUAAUAAAGCACCUGAAGCGAC